AUGGUGAAAACAAGUGGGAACUUCUUUUGUAUUGAGAGUAUGGAGCUGUUAUCAACGUCACCUCACAAGAUACUUAUUACAUUUAGUACAAUAAGACCAGCAUAUAAGACAAGAACAUAUGUACUGGAUCCAGCAGAUUACCAGAGUUUGGCGGCUGUACUUACACCAAUCCUGGAGAGAAACACCUUCCAGGAGGUGCUCCAUUCGGCCAUGAAGUGCGUCAAGUGCGAGACUCAAUUCUCACGGGAUCUCGCUCAACAAAAUGAAGGUACCCUCAAAUGCCCAAAUUGUGGUGGAGGAGUUGUUGUGAAAGCAGAGAAUGUUGAUCAUCCCAACACUGCCUUCCGCAUGCAGGACGGACCUAGAAGCAGUACUCCCAUCAGUCAGGCAGUGGUACAGAAUGCCCCCUCAACGGCUCCCUCUUCAGAGUCUGAUUCUUGUCCCGGGGAGUCCAGUGAGAGCGUGAGCGUGUGCAGUGAAGCAUCAUCCUGCGUGCGCCGGGAAUCUGACGUGGAGGUUAUAUCCAACCCUUCUGUUUCUAGCAUUGAGGUCCUCAGUGAGCAGCAGAUUAUUCACGAUGUCAUUUUAGAAGAGGAGGGAGAGGAACAGAAACCACCCAUGCCUGCAGUGCUCAACACAGACGCCCGAAGCCCAGCAAAUUCACCGAGCAUCAACCACAAGCCUGAACUAGCAACAAAUAUGCAGGAAAGCAGCUCUUCAGAUUCAUCGAAUAUGUUGUACAAAACAGCGGAAUCCUCUCUCCAAGUAUCCAUGGCAAUAGCAGGUACUUCACCACAUUCUGCCGGGAGCUCUCCUCGUCUCCUAAGCUCAAGCUCCACUAUAGCAUAG